AUGAGCACAACUACACCGUACGGUUCGGCGGCGAAGCCGACAAAACCAGCGAGGUCGUCGAGCAUGACAACUAGGUCAUCCUCCAAUUCGGGCUCUCUCACUUCUUUCCAAGCCAUGGUGGAGCUAAAGCAAAAGAUCCUCACCUCUAUCUCUAAGCUCGCCGAUCGAGACACAUACCAGAUCGCCGUUGAAGAUCUCGAGAAAACUAUUGAGUCUCUCUCCCCCGAAACCCUACCCAUGUUUCUCAACUGUCUCUACGAUUCGUGCUUCGAUCCAAAACCCGCCGUGAAAAAGGAGUGUCUCCAUCUCCUCUCGUACGUCUGUAGUCUACAUUCCGAUUCUACGGCUGCGCAUCUCACUCGAAUCAUCGCUCAGAUAGUUAAACGGUUGAAGGAUUCCGAUUCUGGAGUCAGGGAUGCUUGUCGGGAUACGAUUGGUGCUUUGUCUGCGAUUUAUCUCAAGGGAAAAGAAGAUGGGAACAACACUGGUGCAGCCUCAAUUGCGGUGGGUCUGUUUGUUAAGCCACUGUUCGAGGCAAUGGGAGAGCAGAACAAAGUGGUACAAUCUGGAGCGGCAAUGUGUAUGGCCAGGAUGGUUGAAUCAGCGGCUACUCCUCCAAUUACUUCUUUCCAAAAGCUUUGCCCUAGAAUCUGCAAGCUAUUGAGCAAUUCCAGUUUCUUGGCUAAGGCUUCCCUUUUGCCCGUGGUUUCAAGUCUGUCUCAGGUGGGAGCCAUCGCUCCUCAGAGCUUGGAGUCAUUACUAGAAAGUAUCCAUGACUGCCUUGGGAGUACAGAUUGGGUAACACGAAAGGCUGCGGCAGAGACGUUAACUGCAUUGGCAUCACAUUCAAGUAGUUUGAUCAAGGACAGAACAGAUUCCACUCUUGCUGUGCUUGAGACCUGUCGGUUUGACAAGAUUAAACCUGUCAGGGAAAGUGUGACAGAUGCGCUGCAGUUAUGGAAAAAGAUUUCUGGAAAAUGUGUAGAUGGUGCUUCAGAUGAGUCAGAGAAAAAUGGGGAGAAAAGGUCUAAUCUAGCUGAUCUAAUGAAAAAGGAGGCACCAGAUGGUUCCACACUCUCACUGGACUCUGCUUCUAAAGGAAAAGGAGGUCUAGCUGAAAAAGCAGUAGUCAUGUUGAAGAAGAAAGCACCUGCCUUGAGUGACAAAGAGUUUAACCCUGAAUUUUUCCAGAGACUAGAAAGAAGGCAAUCCGUGGAAGUAGUAGUCCCUCGUAGUAAAAACAACAAUGAGGAAGAAUCAGGACUCGAUGAUCUCAAUGCCAUGGGAUCAUCAAAUCGCUUCAAGAACAUCCAAACAGAUGAUCAUGGAUUUCCAGAUUCUAAAUUCCACAACUUAGAGUCGGCGAGUGAUAAACCGGUAAAAGGUAGGUUUGAUGGGAACGGAUCACAGGCAGGGACAUCUGGUAAUGAUAAGGCUAGUGUUGUAAACAGAAAAGAGACACCCGGAAAUCACGCUGCUAUCUCCAAUACUGAUAUCCAAUCUGAAGGAUCCUUUACUAGUAACAGAGGAAAUUGGUCAGCUAUCCAGAGACAGUUGUUGCAGCUAGAGAGACAACAGACAAAUCUUAUGAACAUGCUCCAAGAGUUUAUUGGUGGGUCACAUGACAGUAUGGUGACUUUAGAGGGCAGGGUAAGGGGUUUAGAGAGGAUUGUUGAAGACAUGGCAAGAGAUCUUUCAAUAUCAUCAGGUCGUAGGGGUAAUCUCACAACUGGAUUUGGCAAAUAUAAUAGCUUUGCAAACUAUUCUACCGGAAAGUAUAAUGGCCGAGCUCCAGGAGACAGAGGCUCACAACCUGAUGGAGCUAUGAGGGGGAGGAUGUGGAGUUCUGACAUGGCAGAUGACUGGUUCAUGCCUCCACAUGCUGCUUCCAGAAACGGACAAGCCGUGCCAAGAAGGUCGCCCCGGUCAGAACAACACGAGAAUGAGCACAUGGUAAAUGGGAGGAGAGGUUGGGAUAAUAAAGCAGCUGGAACUAUUAGAUUUGGUGAAGGUCCUUCAGCAAGAAGUGUGUGGCAAGCAUCAAAGGAUGAAGCUACACUUGAAGCAAUUAGAGUAGCCGGUGAGGAUGGUGCAGUCACUCGACCAACCCGAGUGGCUUCUGUCCCUGAAGCUGAAGCCAUGGGAGAUGAAGAAAACGAAGGGCAGGAACGUGACCCGAUAUGGAAUUCAUGGAGUAAUGCAAUGCACUCACUUCGUGCUGGUGACAUUGAUUCCGCUUACGCAGAAGUUCUUUGCGCUGGUGACCAGCACUUGAUCAUCAAGCUGAUGGACAAGACGGGGCCGUCUAUUGACCAGAUGUCAAAUGAGAUAGCAAAUGAAGCUCUAAAUUUUAUCGCUCAGUUUCUGCUGGAUCACAAUCUCUACGACAUCUGCUUAUCUUGGAUUCAACAGCUGCUAGAAGUGGUUUUACAAGAUGGUGCAGACACGUUUGGAGUACCAUUGGAACUGAAGACAGAGAUCUUGUACAACUUACAAGAUGCAUGUUCGACGAUGGAUCCCCCUGAAGACUGGGAAGGUCCGGCGCCGGAACAGCUCGUGAUGCAGUUGGCAUCAGUUUGGGAAAUCGAUCUCCAACAAUUCGAUAAGUAA